AUGCCUAGAAAGUUGGUUUGCGUAUUUGGUUCCGAAUUCUACAGCGAACAUGCUGUACUUUUGCGCAAGCAAAUGGUCUACGACCCGAAGAGGCAGUUGCAUCAUUUCGAAAAGGCCGAGGCUAUUGUCCCAGUACAAUCAACUUCCAAAUCGACAGGAAUCAUGGGCAUGUUGCCUCGUAAAUCUUCAGGAGGGAAUAAAGCUCUCGCGCUGCCCCCGUAUGCCAAGGCUGUCUCCGGCGCAUAUGAAUUCCUUACCAAAUGGUAUCAACCUGGUGAUGAAAUCAUUUUGGUGGCUGUUACUGGCAAGCACGAAGAAUGGGUGGUCCUUCGUGCUGCGACCAAAACGUUGGCUGAGCAUCUCGGAGCCGGUACCGAGCCCGUCAGAGUCGAAUCAAGCCCAGAUCCGGCGGUCGAAAGGGACCGAGACAUUUUUGGCGACCGCCCUAGGGACGAACCUCCAAAUUUCCUCUUGGGAAGUAAAAUUGAAAGUACGGUGGCAAUCACAUAUAACGCAGAUCGCUCGCUAUUUGACAUGAGCGAAACCAACAACCUUUUACUAGAAGAGUUCCCACUUACGGUCACGCACCUGUUUUCGUUCAACUGGGCGACCGGAAAGGAGACUUAUUGCGACACAUAUAGAGAUUCAAUGGGUCAGAUCACUAGCAGAGAGGUCUGCUACUUUAAAGAGAUGAGCUGGCACUUUCCGGCGCUCGCAAACUCGACCAUGAGGUUCAUUCAUUACGAGCCAGAGCAUACCCGAGCCUGGAACUCCAUUAGGGCCACUUACUACAAAACACUCGCAUCACUCCCAGCGCCGCUCCUCCCCUCACUCCCUUGUAGCCCAUCCGACACACCCAUUCAACCAUUACCCACUCGCUCCAAGUCAUGGUUCCCCCGGCCCUUUAAUAAAAAAUCAAAACUCGCUUCGCGUAGGAGCACGGCCCCGACCGUGCGCCCUAGUGGAAGGUCCGAGACACUCAUGUCAGGUUUCACCACAAACCCCUCCUUCUCGCCUUUCACUCCUACUUCCACUACGCCUUUCUCUUCUCCCUCGAGUCCUCGAUCCGGGUCAUUGUCAUUCUCUGACAUGACUCACUCGUCACGGACGUCCAUCGAUUCGGGGUACUGUCCUACUCUCGAGGAAGCGUACACCCAGUUACCAGGGAUGACCAGACACGAAGUGUGGACGUAUCCUGCGUUUGAAACCCACAAAAGCGACUAUCACUUACCCAAGCGGGUGGUUUGGCGGUCUUCGAAAAGUGAAUAA